UUUCCUCAACUAAUCGGUACACAUCAAGAAGGGCGAGCCCAGAUUCUAAAAUUAGAUAGUUGUUUCUGUUCGGUCGGUGCCCCGAGGCUGCCAUUCUUUCCAUUAGCCUACCCGCGGCGCGAGCGGACCUGUGGGGUUACGUCUUCGGUGCAGCCCUUCCUCACUUGUAACUCAGCGCUAUGCUGGGCAAGAAAACCUGACCCCCUGCAAUGCCCGUUGCUCUGUGAUUAGAGCAAACACUGCGUGAGGUUAUACUUCCCUUCCUGUAUCAGUCAGGAGGCUAAGUCACCGAAUUCUACAUUGUAGCACUUUUGACAGUUUGGCUGUUACUCAGGAGAGACACGAUGUCGAACGGGAAUAAUUACUUAAACCUCCCUAGUAAGGAGACUAUUCUCAGCACGAAAUCUGCCGAAGAGACGGACAACUCGGCGAUAGACGAUGAGGACGACGACGAGGAGUGCUACACGCUCGUGCCGAGGUCCUCCCCCGUGCCCAGAAAGCGCGGAUUGUCACUCUUCGACGAAACCGUGGAGUACAUGAAGAUUCGUCUGACUUUGCCAAGCAGAAGGGUGUCUUUCGUUGACAGCCUAGGUGGGGAUUUGGUGGAAGUCAAAGAGUUCGUCGCUUUUGACUCGGACGAAGAGGAAGACCCGAGAUGGGAAAUAGAGGACGCUCGCUACCGCCCCGCGCCCCACGAACCAAUUUACCAGGUGUGCCCAGACUUCGAGGUUCCGACCGACACAGCCUUAAUGCUCGCGGUGCAAAAGAACAAAAUAGAGAUGGAGUCCGUGUCCGUCGUAGAGCACGACCCGCUUUCAUUCACUGGAUUGAUUCGAGUCCUUAACAUUUGCUUUAAUAAGUCGGUCUACGUUCGCUUCACCAUGGACGGCUGGGGCACAUUCUUCGAUUAUCCUGCAGACUACGUGCAGGGCUCCAACGACGUUGAGACAGACCAGUAUUCCUUCAAGCUGUCGUUUGCUGGACCUUUUAUAACGCACGGCAGCAGAAUUGAGUUUGUUUUGCGCUACGAAACCCCCGAGGGAGACUACUGGGCGAACAACGAAGGGAAGAAUUACGCGGUGGUUCUGAACGUAUCCUACAUGGAUGAUACUGUUCAAGGGAAUGGGAUGGAUGACCGAAAACUCAAAAGUAUCCUGAAAGCAGCCAGAGCGGAGGACGACUUUGAGGAGAUCCAGGCCGCAGACAGUGUGGAAGCGGACGCGAGGGGCACGGGGACGGAGACCGCCGCGCCGAAGCGCGCGCCCGCUCGACCGCAAAUCGCUCGGCCUAAGAUUGACAUCGAGAAUAAAGAUGCCAGACCCAGCUCCCCCUCCAAGACUGACACAGAUCAUCGAAUAGUAGACAGUGUUCCGCUUUGUGCUUCCGAACCCCCCUGUGAGACACCCCUGUCCGUCUCGGCUGUGGAACAGGUAGCAGUCUUCAAACCGAUAACUAGUCAGCCCCUAGCAACUCAGCCUCAGUCUGAAUCCCCACAGAAAGCUGAUUUUACAAAACGCGAUUGGGUCGUCGAAGAGCAUAAGGAGGACACGAGGAUCUGCAGCUAUGACACCAAGACCAAGAUUACAGUCAAAGUCUCCUCAGAGUCACAUAUUUUUUGCCGAACCACCACUUCUGAGCAAAUCCUCCCUCCCCAUGACGAGAACGGUCAUGAGAAAGACCAGGAUGCACUGAAAGGAGAAAGCGACUCAGAACCUCCUUAUAAAAUCCAAGAGCCACCCCUCAGUAUCCGUAUUCCCUAUAAAGACCCGGACACCGACUAUAAGCUUGAAAUGGAGGCUAAUGACCAGAUCAGACAGGAUGUUGAGGGUUAUCUCAGAUACACAGAGGCCUUCGGCAGUUCUCAGGGCUUGGUCAGUGAAAGCCAGGAAACAGGUCCACCUGAGGAGGUGAGUGAGACAGACCCUGAGGGAGAGCUUUCUGUCCCAAGACCAGCCGUAACCUUAUCUGGAGAGGAACCGGCAGGCUUUGACUCCAUUUGCACCCGCUCUCCACCUGUCUAUCCCAAACUGGUCCGAUCUGAGAAGGACCAACCAUCUGAAAGCCCAGAAGAACCUGUCAAUGUUCCUUACCCUGCCCGGGCCCUCCACUUCUUACCAGAUGAACUAGCCACCGAGUUUGAUGAGUUAUUGGUUUCCUCAGGUUAUGACACGGAUCCCACGAAAUCUCUCUUGGAGUGUCCGGUAGCUUCUGUGGGGGAAAUUAGUCACACAGUGCUAGACACCAUGGGGGAAACCACCACACCACCGCACACUGCAGACCCUGAUGUCGUUAUGCCGUCAGUGAGCCACACAUACUCCCAUGUUCCAGACCAAGGAGUCUGGGAGGAAUUUGCUGAAGAAUAUUCCUUCUGUACUGUUGGUCCAAGCGACAGUGCCUCUCAGGGCUUAGAAAGCCUUGUAGAGGAGGAGGUGGUUCACCAGGAAGCUGCAGAACUGGCUGUGCCACCGAGCGACGUUGGCACGAGCAACAGUGCCCCUCAGAGCUUAGAAGACGAACAGGAGGCGGUGGUUCACCAUCAGGCUGCAGAACUUGCAUCUCGUCUACGCCAAGCCUACGUUGCAUCUUCAGUCUUCCUGACCUUCGCCUUUUGCCUGGUGCUAGCCUACCAUCACCCCCAUAUCUUACCCUUGGUGCUGCUUUAUCUCAUCUGUCUCUGAGCAUGUCCGGCAGUCAGCCUGCCACUGCUCGUCCUCAGUCCCCUCCACCAAAGUGCCUGCGAAUUUUGCUGAAAUAAAGCCAGAUGCCCUUCACCCCCGCUGAUAAAAGAGAAUAAAUAAGUGCUUCACAGCCAGGACUGUAAAGAAGGAUCCUUACCUAAAGUAAGGAGAGCUGUUGCAUUCAAAGCUCGAAAACACAGCAGCUUUAGUGAAACAGGGUGAAGGAUGCUUCAUCAUCUGGAAAGUUUUCCUUUGAGUCGGAAAUGGUCGUUUCUGAAACGUCUUCCCCAGAGUCGGAAUCCGUCUUUUCUGAGCCGUGAGCAACUCCAGAACUCAUUUUGGGUUUCACAUCUGCAGAAGUAUUCACACAUGUACUUGAUGUUUGGUUUACAAAAUCUCUUACUACAGGCAUGAUUUUAUACAUUUUUGUAUAACAUUUUCAAAAGAUGAAUGGGUGUGAGGCUAUGUCAUUCCUCGUGUGUGCUUUAACUUUCAUAAGUUUAUUUCUUUUCACAUUAAUGCAACUUUGGCCUGGAUUCAAUCAACAGUUGCCCUUAACCCUAACUUACACACACGGUGAGCUCAACGAAAUUAACUAAACAAACUCCAUUGACAGAGUUCGGUGAGUUCAUUUUCUUGAUUUCUGAACUCACCAAACUUUGUGGAAAAAGAAAUAUAAACGUUUGUAUUUAAUUGUUUAUAUCACUAUUUCUGUGCACUUAUAUUAUUUUGCAUUGUCACUUUGGAUAGGAGUUAAAUCCUAAAACAUAUUUUUGUGUCAUAGUGAGUUAAGUACAAAUAUUGAUUGCAUCCAGGCUUGUGUACAUCUGAAGUAUAAAGUUCUGGUCACAUUUGGAAUGCUAAUGAUAAGCAUAAUGAUUCAAAGUUCUUCCUCCUGAGGCCAAGGAACUUGUCACAUCAAGUGAUAUAUAUAGAAUACAGAAAGUACUGUGCCUCCAACAAUUAGCUACCCCUGAAAUUGUUUUCUGAACCUUUGUUGCACUGUCAAUAUAUUCUGUCAUACACAUUUCAAUGACCCAACUGCAAAUGCACCAUGGCUAGCAAGUAUCUUCUAAAUGUAUUGGAAAAUCCAAAGGUAUAACAGAAAAGGCACAAAAGUGCAUCCUGUUGUAAAUCCAGUAAUUGAUAUGAGUAUACAAACAUUAGUUGAUGGACAGAUGUGCAGAAAGGAAAUGUUCUUAGUUGAGCCCAUGGGAAAAUAUUGUUUCUAAUAUUGUUUUCCAAUUAUGUUCUUACAUCACUGUGUUUAAAAUUUCACAAUAGUAUUUUUUCAACUAACGGUGGAAACUGAAAUUAAAUUAUACCCAGGAAAAGUGCUUGGUUGGACAUGCAAGGCAUUCAUAACGGUAAUCACUACAAUUUGCCUUUAGUGGGAAGUUUCUCUUGUGAAUAUUGAUGUAUGUGAUUGGGAUAUGUGGUAUGUGAACGGAGAGGGUUUAACACAAACAUUUGACUUGAGUUGUGGGUAAGUGAGAAGGACAAGCUAAGGAGCUAAGCUAAGGAGGUCUAUAGAAGGCUGCUGACAUUGUUUUCUGGGGGCCUGUCCUUGACACGAUAGUAUGUCCUCGAUUCACCCUUAAUUUUGAUUCUGACACUCUCUUUUAAUUGUAAGUAAAAGUUAAAGACACAUGUUACCUGAAUAUAGGCCAGUAAUUUCAUAUUGUUCUCCCGUUGUUACAGUGAAGAUUCACUGGGACUGUUGCCCUCUUGCCCUGCUCUCCAGUCAUUCUCUCUUUGGGGUAGGUUGCAGGUUCAUUCCUGCUCUGGUCGAAUCAUGAUGCAAAUAUCAGUGUUGAGGCGGGCACCAGAUCCUCCAGAUGGCAUAUUCUCCACCUGUAUAAACCUCCUUGGCUUUACUGGUCUGUGUAGUAUGAUGGAGCCAGGAACUGGGUAAAGGAGUAGUCUGAGUUAAUGCAAGUUGUUGGACUGGAACGUCAAGGCUGAGACGGUGGGACUAUUGGAACUCAGGAGAAUGAAGACAUGGCAAGUGUUCUCUGUAUUAGAGACAGGAAAUGCCUUCUUUUUUUUUUUUUGAAAUAACAUCCGGUCUCCACUCUUAAACAUUGGCGAAGUCUUCUGGAUGCGGUGGAAUGGUAAGCAUGUCCUCAGUUCUGUUAGAGACUUGGACCAUGUCAGAAAGAGCUUACUUUCCUGCUAUUGAGUAUAUAUGUUGAGUUCACUGGAUGAGAAGGUUAAGUAAGUGAAAUUUUCUCUAAAUGUAGCCUUUUUACUGCAAGGAUGUCUUACGAAACUUCCGCAGUACCAUUGGAAAACAGUAUGGAGGAUAUUUUUUGCAUACUGCCCAUCGUGUACUAAACAAUACACACUAAACAGUAGGCAGUAUAUGUAGACAGUACAUAUUUUGAGGACCCAUAGUUAGGAGGCUGUUUCAGAUACAGUCCUUCUGUAACCCGGUUGUGUAAAAGGAGGAAGGGGUUUGGGUCUGCCCAGGCAGAACUGCAUGUUUUAUAAGUUUUAUUAUCCAAAAUAUUUGGUUCAUCCUGUGCUGAGAAGACAUUUUGCCCUGUAUGCUGAGAAUGCAUGGAUGUUUUUACUGUACGACUACUGUGAAAAUGAUGACAUUUCCAUCUGUGCUAAAGGGGUUUUAUGACAAUGCUUGGGAGAAAGUCUGUGUGCAUUUGCAGUGUUCGUGUGUGAGACAAAAGAGAAAUGUUUUUGAGCACAUAAACUCCCAUCAAAUCCUAAA